AUGGCCAAUCCACCUCAUUCAUCUGGUGGAUAUUCCGUCACCCUCGCUCCAUCUGACCUGGACUUGUCAACAACCCGCCCAGAGACAAAGUUGAGCCCUCAUCCUUUCCCUUCAUCAUCAGGGCCCAGAUUUCCACUGCCACCAGUAGUGCAACCAAACCAGAUUCCUUCUCCAUCUAUUAAGACCCCAAACUUACCUUCACCAGCGAAUGGGGUUAGAACUGGAACCCAUGUUCCCCAUUUGAGCACUCCUCCUGGCCCUCCUGUAUUUUCUUCUCCACUCCGGCCUGCUGCUGUACCAUUUCGAACUUCUCCAGUGACACCUCAGUCCGUUGCUUUUUCUUCGGGUUCAUCUUUGCCCACGUCAUCCCCUCCCCAAUUUUCAAAUGGAUUGGUCGAGUUGCAGCACCAAGUUUCUGACACUAAAGAGGAGCAGCUGCCUGUUGCGGAAUCACCAAAUGUUUUAUUCUCUGCUCAUAAGCACCAAGUUUCUGACGCUAAAGAGGAGCAGCUACCUGUUGCGGAAUCACCAAAUGUUUUAUUCUCUGCUCAUAAGAUACUGAAACAGAAGAAACUGACAAAUGUACCCAGUUUGGGUUUUGGAGCAUUGAUUUCCCCUGGAAGGGAGGUCUCACCGGGUCCUCAAAUAAUACAGCGUGAUCCCCAUCGCUGCCAAAACUGUGGAGCUUAUGCAAAUCUCUAUUGCAAUAUUUUACUUGGCUCAGGCCAAUGGCAGUGCGUUAUUUGUCGGAAUUUGAAUGGAAGUGAAGGCGAAUACAUUGCUCCGAGCAAGGAAGAGCUUCGUAAUUUUCCAGAGUUAUCAUCUCCUUUGGUUGAUUUUGUCCAAACUAGGAGCAAGAGACCUGGUUUUAUACCAAUCUCUGAUUCGAGAAUGUCAGCACCUGUUGUCCUUGUAAUAGAUGAGUGCUUAGAUGAGCCACACCUCCAGCAUUUACAAAGCUCCUUGCAUGCAUUUGUAGAUUCACUACCUCCAACGACAAGAAUUGGAAUUUUGUUGUAUGGUCGGACGGUUUCUGUAUAUGAUUUUUCGGAAGAAUCAAUUGCAUCGGCUGAUGUACUACCAGGCAAUAAAUCACCGAGUCGGGACUCUUUGAAAUCAUUGAUUUACGGGACCGGUAUAUAUCUGUCGCCAAUUCAUGCUUCCCUACCCGUAGCACACACUAUAUUUUCAUCAUUGAGGCCUUUCAAACUGAAUCUUCCAGAAGCAGCCAGAGACCGUUGCCUCGGUACAGCAGUGGAGGUUGCUCUGGCAAUAGUUCAAGGGCCAUCUGCAGAAAUGUCACGUGGGGUUGUUAAAAGAUCUGGAGGCAAUAGUAGAAUAAUUGUGUGUGUUGGAGGACCAAAUACGUAUGGCCCUGGAUCGGUUCCUCAUUCUUUAAGUCAUCCAAACUUCCCCUAUAUGGAGAAAACAGCAUUGAAGUGGAUGGAGAAUCUUGGUUGUGAGGCUCAUCGAUGCAAUACAGUGGUUGAUAUCCUGUGUGCGGGAACAUGCCCAAUUAGAGUUCCUAUUUUGCAACCUCUUGCAAAGGCAUCUGGGGGCGUUCUGAUUCUCCAUGAUGACUUUGGAGAGGCAUUUGGUGUCAACUUGCAAAGGGCAUCUACUAGGGCGACCGGUUCCCAUGGUUUGUUGGAGAUACGAUGUUCUGAUAAUAUGUAUGUGACUCAAGUUGUAGGCCCUGGUGAGGAGGCACGCACAGACAGUCACGAAACCUAUAAAAACGAUAGCUCUCUUGCUAUUCAAAUGCUAAGCGUUGAAGAAACACAGAGCUUUGCACUAUCCAUGGAAACAAGAGGAGACAUCAAGAGCGAUUAUGUAUAUUUCCAGUUUGCAAUUCAAUAUUCGAAUGUCUAUCAAGCUGAUAUUUCGAGAGUGAUUACUGUCAGAUUGCCCACAGUUGAUAGUGUUGUGGAAUAUCUUGAGAGUGUUCAAGAUGAUGUGGCUGCUGUGCUUAUUUCUAAGAGGACCCUCUUGCGAGCCAAAGUGUUUUCUGAUGCAAUUGACAUGCAAGCAACAGUAGAUGAAAGAGUCAAAGACAUUGCUAGUAAGUUUGGAUCUCAAAUGCCAAAAUCAAAGCUUUAUCGGUUCCCCAAGGAGCUCUCAUUAUUGCCCGAGCUCUUAUUCCAUCUUAGAAGGGGCCCGCUUUUGGGAAGCAUUGUUGGUCAUGAAGACGAGAGGUCUGUACUGCGGAAUUUGUUUCUGGAUGCAUCCUUUGAUCUGUCACUUCGUAUGGUUGCCCCUCGAUGUCUAAUGCAUCGGGAAGGUGGGACUUUUGAGGAACUUCCAGCUCAUGACCUUGCUAUGCAGUCGGAUGCGGCAGUUGUUCUUGACCAUGGGACAGAUAUCUUCAUUUGGUUGGGUGCGGAGCUUGCUGCUCAGGAAGGAAAAAGUGCGGCAGCUUCAGCGGCAUGCAGAACAUUGGCCGAAGAGCUCUCUGAAAUGCGGUUUCCGGCUCCUCGGAUCCUUGCAUUUAAGGAGGGGAGCUCUCAAGCUCGAUAUUUUGUUUCUCGGUUGAUACCAGCACACAAAGAUCCUCCAUAUGAGCAGGAGGCGAGAUUUCCACAGCUUCGGACUUUGACUACGGAACAGAGGACAAAGCUGAAAAGCAGUUUUCUUCACUUUGAUGAUCCUAGCUUCUGUGAGUGGAUUCGUAGUUUGAAAGUAUUGCCACCUGAACCAAGCUAA